GGAACAUGACAGGUGAUCAAGGAGACAUUUUCUGGAGGGCAGCAUUUGUGCAUCUUGAAGAAUUUAGCAAAAUUUACCAAAUCCGCUUUACACAUACAUUGCCAGAGAGCAACUGUGGAUCAGAUAAAUCACAGCAAUGCACUAUUUGCAAAAAUAAACGCUGCCCAGCUGCCAAUGUAGCUAUUGAUGGCAUAAGGUUAGAUUGUGAAACUAAACAGGAAGUUUUGCCAGUGGACUCUUGCACCAACAGAUGGCCAGUGUUAUCUGGUUGUGAAACUCGUGCUGAUAUGCCUUCAGUUAAAGGUCCUGCAUACAGUGUCGAAUAUUAUGCCAAAGAAACCUAUGUAACAGCUACUGGUUCAGAAGAUGACCUUAUAGCCAUCUAUGAAUUUAAGGUGUUGUCCACAGCCAGUUAUGUGGUUUGGAAGCAAACGUUUGCCACAAAAAACACAACAAAUGGUGUCUCCUUUAGAGUUGAUGAGGGUGAUUGGUAUGUCUGGCAACUGCCAUUCAAAGGAUCUAGUUCCUUAUGGACACAGUUCUACCAUCAGCAAUUCAAGUUGAGACCUGGAAUUCAUAAAGUGUCUUUGAGACAACAAGAGUUUGGUUUCCGUGUAUCCAAACUUGCUCUUGUUCCAGUUUUUCUAACAAUGUGGGCUGACCUAGGAAUGCAGAGCCGUUAUAUCCCAGAUGGAUUUCUUUCUGCAUUUCCCCCCAAUAAUCACCCAGAACCAAGAUAUGGAAGACUGCAUGCGAAAGAUGCUUGGUGUUCAUCAGACAUCAAUAAGGGAUAUGUACACUUCCAGAUUAAACUGCCACAGUUGGCACUUCUGUCUGGAAUAUCGGUGCAAGGAGGAAAGGAUAUAUUGCAGAAGUCAAAUAAUUACUGGUUAACAAGUUUUAGAAUGAAGGUUUCCUUGGAUGGUGUCAGAUACACUUGGUACAGAGAUACCCAUGGCAGGCGGACAUUUACAGCCAACAAUGAUGCAUCAAGAGUAGUUAAUCACACUUUGGAGUUUGUCAGCCCAGUUCAUGGAGUGAGGAUCUAUCCUUGGGAAUGGGGAAACUGGAUAUGUUUGCGAGCUGAACUGUAUGGAAUGUACCUGAGUAGUGAACUCUGUGCCAAUCCUGGCCCAGCUGAGGUGAUGAGCAAGCCAUGUGUGGGUGAUAGGGACUGUGGUCUGAAUGCUGAGUGCAAACUGCCAUUUGCAUCAAAGAUACAGAAAAAAGUUGUAGAUAAUGAUGUGAAUCAGUUCAAUGAAUCUUGUGGCUGUUUGCAUGGUUACCAUGGCAUCAGUUGUCAACAUUAUGGAUGUUCAUCAAACCCCUGCCUGAAUGGUGGGAAAUGUUCUGAAGUGAACGGUACCUUUCAUUGCACCUGUCAACCCAGUUACCAUGGAGACACCUGUCAGCACUCAUGUAAAGAUGGUUACUAUGGCUUUAACUGCAGUCAGAAGUGUCUGUGCCAAAAUGGCUCAUGUGAUGGAGCAACUGGACAUUGCAGUUGCAAACGUGGAUAUCAUGGGAACUACUGUGAACUGGGCUGUAGCCCUGGUUACUAUGGCUACAACUGUGUCCAGCAGUGUCAGUGCAGAAAUGGUGAAGUGUGCCAUCCUGUGACAGGGGUAUGUGACUGUGCAGUGGGUUGGAGAGGGGCACUGUGUGACAAGCCUUGUGGAUUGAACACAUGGGGAAAGAACUGCUCUUUGAACUGUUCUUGUUGGGAGUCUGCCAAAUUUUGUGACAGGUUCACAGGGGAAUGCAUUUGUUUGCCGGGAUAUUUUGGAAAGAAAUGACAGUAUCCUUGCCCUGCAGGAACAUAUGGCUUUAACUGUAGUGGCAGAUGUCAAUGUCAGCAUAAUGCAGAUUGUUCCAAGGAAGAUGGCACUUGUAACUGUACCCAGCCAGGGUGGACUGAGAUACUGUGUGAUCAGCCUUGCCCAGGGGGGUACUAUGGUGUCAACUGUGCCCAAAAAUGCAGGUGUCAGAGUGGUUCAGCUUGUGAUCCAAUGACAGGAUCUUGCAUUUGUUCAAGUGGCUCGUCAGGUCUGCUCUGCAACAAAACUUGUAGCCAAGGGUACUGGGGUAGAAAUUGUUCUAUCGCUUGCUCCUGCAAGAAUGGAGCGCACUGUGAUCCUAUAAAUGGACAGUGCACAUGUGAGAAUGCUGGUGGCUGUCAUUGCAAUCCUGGUUGGACUGGCUGAGAUUGCACUGUGCCUUGCAGCAAUGGUUUUUGGGGAGCAGAUUGUAACAAUACCUGUUUAUGUGGACCCAAUGGAGUAUGUAAUCAGAGUAAUGGCAACUGCCAGUGUCUACCCGGUUACACGGGCUCCAAAUGUGACCAUCCUUGCCCACUAGACCGUUAUGGCCAGAACUGCAUCUACAAAUGCAGUUGCUCUCACUUAUCCUCUCUUGGUUGUGACCCCCUCAGUGGGAGCUGCCUCUGCAAACUGGGUUUUGCAGGACCACUCUGCAAUAUCCUGUGCCCUGCUGGUCGGUGGGGCACCAACUGUUCCAAGUCCUGUUCUUGUAUUAAUGGCUCUUGUCAUCCUAUGUCUGGAAAUUGCACUUGUAAUCGAGGCUGGCAGGGGUUGCUAUGUGACCAGGCCUGUCCCAGCUGUGGUAAGCCAUGCCCCACCUGUCACCAUAGCAAUGGAUCAUGUGAUCAAGUCUUGGGGGAGUGUAUCUGUUCCCCAGGCUACCAGGGAAGUUCAUGUUUGGAACCUUGCAGUGCAGGUUACUUUGGUGAGAAUUGUCAGAGGAAGUGUGAGUGUGCUGGUGGAGCACUUUGUCAUCACGUGACUGGGAACUGCCUCUGUGAGCCAGGAUGGAUCGGAAACCACUGUGAAAAAGGCUUCUUCCUGAUAUUAGUUAUCCUCGCCUUGUUUGCGCUCAUACGUCGGAGAUACAAACAAAAGUGUGGAUUUUCCGGCUACAAGAACACCACAAAAGACCAAAGCGAAUUUGAACUUCAGCCUUGGAUUGGCCGAAGUACGGGCUACUUGCUGGCUUUCGACAACCCUUACUAUGACGUUCUUGCUGCUAUGGGAUUGGACGAUGACGUAGAAGAGGAUUAUUAUAAUCCCCUUUACGAUGAUGUCAGUGUCUACAGUGACAGCGGCGAGAACACAAGUGAAGACAGUUGCCAUAAAGAUCUUAGCUCCAUGGUGAUAAGAUAGGAACUGUAAACUUUAGGUUUCACACUUAAAGGGAAAGUGGUUUUGCGUCGUGGCCAAGUCCCUGUGACGUUUAUUUGAGUUUCGCAGCUCAGCUUUGCUGGCAACACAACAGGGUAUUAAACUUGCUAAAAAACGAAGGCCAGAGUUUCAAGCCAGUUAUAAAAGGCUUGGAGAGCGACCACAAUACAAAUAUUAAAAAAGCCGGAAAAUAUACGGGCUUAAAACGUUAAGAAAAUAUUUUGAUGCACAUUUGAAGUUAGUCGAUUAUUUUUUUAAGUUUACGGAGUUAAUUUACAUUUUUUACUUGAGUAGCAAAUUAUUAUUAAAUAGGUAAAUUAUUAUUAAUUUUUGGAUACCUCGAUGAGGCCUCAAAACAGAAGGGGUGAGUGAGUAUCUUUUCACUUGAAGGUACAACUGUAAAAUGGACUUUAAGUAAGUAAAAGAGUUCUGCUUAGAAUGCUCAUUUGCUCAGUUUGCAGUCUUAUUUGAAGGUUCGAAUCAAUUUGCAAAGCUUGUUGGGGAAAACAGAGCCUUGUUAGUAAUGUUUGAGAGAACAAAAGGCUGGCCGAGUACUUAUAGUCUAUUAGUUAGGCAAUACUGAAGAAAAUAUUAUCUUUUUGUUUCUUAUUUGGACACUUUAAAAGGCCUUGCCGUUGUGUAAAAAAAGGAUGUAUAAAAAUCGACUAAUUUAUAUUAUAUUUAAACUACCUUUGUAUCCAAACAGUGCUCAAAACUCGCUAUUGCUAGUAAAGAUAACGAAACUUGUGGCGUUGA